AUGGCCGCUUCUGCUACAGGCAGAAAGUCUUUGAAGAAAGAAUUCAACAAGGCUGAUAGAGCGUUUCUCUGGGACAACGGCGUAAACAUUGAGCGCAAGGUUGGAAAAUGUCUUCUCUGGGUUCUCAAGGCUUGCCCGCAUCGCACUAUUGAGGGCAGACGUGCCGGCUUCUCGAUUGAUGACUGCGGGAAUGAGCCGCUUGCCGUCGAAGGUAUUCGGUCGUACCCCUCUCAAAGUUUGAUGCGUCAGAUGAAGGUAGGUGACAGAGUCCUCGUCUUACACGCGGUCUUGGGCAGCCCUUCCAUUGUUGGCAUUGUCACCAUUUCCAGAGAGAAGAGCCCUGAAUAUUCAGCAUGUGACCAGGAUUCACCAUACUACGACAUCCGUCAAGGAAACUGCUACGCCCGCAACGUCGACAUCGACAAGCUUGAUUUUAUCUGUAUUCACGUUACACUUGAGCGUAAAUUUAACAGCCCAGUCAGGCUCGGGCGCAUCCGCAGUGCCGAACACGAGCACAUCUUUGACAGCAUGCAGGUACUGAAGCAGCCCCAAAUGGUUGUCAGCACCAUAGGCCAGGAUGCUUGGGAUGCCAUACUGGCCAUUGAUGCUGCCCAAAAUUUGAAGGAUGCGAAGGAGCCUUCCUUAUAG